GACAGUAAGAACAACAUUUCUCUGGCCCCAGGACUCUAUAUCCUUCAGAGUAGGGGCAAAGGCACCUCAGUAUCUGGGCAAGGGAUCAUGAAGAGGCAAUGGGGAGCCCUGAUGGGGCUUCUGUGGGUCCAGAUCUGCUGGGUGAGAGGAGUGAAGGUGGAGCAGAGUCCUUCAGUCUUGAAGCUCCAGGAAGGAGCCAACUCUACUCUGAGGUGCAAUUUUUCUGCCGCAGUGAGCAGUGUGCACUGGUUCCAGCAGAAUCCCGGAAGCAGCCUCACCACGCUGUUUUCCAUAGCUUCAGGGACGAAGCAGAAUGAAAGGCUGAGUUCCACAGUGAAUUUUAAGGAACGGUAUAGCACCCUACACAUCGCAGCCUCCCAGCUGGAAGACGCAGCCACCUACCUCUGUGCGGUGGAGGCACAGUGCUCCCUGGUGAUCUGCAGCCUGUGCCCAAACUGCAGCUGCCUCAGCCCCGCCCCUCCGCAGGGCUACACCAUGCAAGUACCUUGUUACCUCUUUGGGAUUCCAGAUUCAUACUUCAGCACUUUUUUCUUCCGAAGAUCAGAUCCUUUAAGACUGUCAUUUCACUUUUUUUUUUUUUGCCCUUCUUAUCCCAGAAAUCUCCUGUGUGUCAGUCUUGGAAACGAGGUGGAGCAGAGUCCUUCUACCCUGAGUGUCCAGGAGGGAAACACCGCUGUUAUCACCUGCACUUAUACAGACACUGCUUCAGAGUAUUUCCCUUGGUAUAAGCAAGAACCUGGAAAAGGUCCCCAGCUCCUUGUAGCUAUUCAUUCAAAUAUGGGUGAAAAAAAGACCAGAGACUGA